AUGAAAGCCAUCAUUCUCGUCGGAGGGUUCGGCACCCGUCUGAGGCCUCUUACCCUCACCUACCCCAAGCCGCUCGUCGAGUUCGCGAACAAGCCCAUGAUCCAGCACCAGAUCGAGGCCCUUGCCGAUGCUGGCGUCACAGAUGUUGUCCUCGCGGUCAACUACCGCCCGGAAAUCAUGGCCGAGGCGCUCAAGACCUACGAGAAGCAAUACGGCGUCACCAUCACAUUCUCCGUCGAGACCGAGCCCCUCGGCACCGCUGGUCCCCUCAAGCUCGCUGAGAACGUUCUCGGCAAGGACGACUCGCCCUUCUUCGUCCUCAACGCCGACGUCACAUGCGACUAUCCCUUCAAGCAGCUCGCCGAGUUCCACAAGCAGCACGGUGACGAGGGCACCAUUGUCGUCACAAAGGUCGAGGAGCCGUCCAAGUACGGUGUCGUAGUCCACAAGCCUGGCCACGCCUCCAAGAUUGACCGUUUCGUCGAGAAGCCCGUCGAGUUCGUCGGCAACCGCAUCAACGCCGGUAUCUACAUUAUGAACACCAGCGUGCUCAAGCGCAUUGAGCUCCGCCCUACCUCGAUCGAGCAGGAGACUUUCCCUGCCAUUGUCAAGGACGGCCUGCUGCACUCAUUCGAUCUCGAGGGCUUCUGGAUGGACGUUGGACAGCCCAAGGACUUCUUGUCCGGCACCUGUCUCUACCUCUCAUCUCUGGCGCGCAGGAACGCCAAGCUGCUCACACCAGCCUCUGAGCCAUACGUCUACGGCGGCAACGUCCUGAUCGACCCCUCGGCGAAGAUUGGCAAGAACUGCCGCAUCGGUCCUAAUGUCACUAUUGGCCCGGAUGUUGUCAUUGGCGACGGUGUCCGUCUGCAACGCUGUGUGUUGCUCAAGAACAGCCGUGUCAAGGACCACGCCUGGGUCAAGUCGUCUAUUGUUGGCUGGAACAGCACCGUCGGCAAGUGGGCGCGUCUCGAGAACAUAACAGUUCUCGGUGACGACGUUACCAUUGGCGACGAGGUCUACGUCAACGGUGGUUCCGUCCUACCCCACAAGUCCAUCAAGCAGAACGUUGACACUCCUUCGAUCAUUAUGUAA